AAUGCGUAAUCCGAAAUCGGUUUCAAAUAGCUCAAAUGUACAUGGUAAUGAAAAUGCAGCAACAGAACACGACAGGUUCGGAGGGGGUGGAAGUGUUGGAGAACAGAUCUUUCGAAGAUGACGAUUAUGGGAAAGGUCAAUACACGUUGAAAAUUUAUAGGUUUCAGAGCAAGGCUCCUUCUUGGUUGGCUAGAUUUGCCCCAACAGGUGCUCUUGUAAUGCAGGAAGAAGCUUGGAAUGCAUACCCGAGAUUUAUCAAGUGUCCAUAUUUCACGAGGUUUAUUCUAACGAUAGAAACUAUUCACAAGGCUGAUCGUGGUUUAUCAGAAAACGUGCAUGGCCUCAGUAAAGAGCAAUUAGCAGUUCGGCAGAUUGAAAUGCUUGAUAUAGUUUCAUCUACUAGUGAUUACUGGAGUUACGUUAUAGGGACUAGCGGCUUUGAUUUUUCUCAGUUCAAAUCGGAUCAAACUGCGCGUGGCCCGUUAUUAGAUGGAUGGCAGCAUUCGAUAAUAGUAAUAAGAAUGAGUUCAUUGCAGGGAGAAAGGGCACUUUUCAUUGAGAGUCAUCGAAAUUGUUUUGGUUGGAUAGACGAAUGGUUUGGUCUCACUCUGGACACGUUGCGUGAGCUAGAGAAGCAAAGUGAUUCUUCUUUAAACCAGCCAUCCGGGCCGGGCCUUAACCAUCCUUGCAUGGCCAUAGGAUUCAUCGUUAUCGAGCUGCCUAUUGUGCCUAAAAGCGGCACAAGCAAUCACGUACACCAAAACCAGGAUAAUCGAGACCACCACAUUAAUAAUCGAGACUUUUCUCCAGCUUUUCUCAAAGCUGGCCACGACCCCAGCCUUGCACGACCCGCAUUCGUAGCAGAGCUGCUCUUGCUCGUUGCUCCAUCUCAGGCAGUCUGGGUCGGGCCCAGUGGGCCCGACUUCCUCGGCCCAGAACGUUUCGUUUACAUACGUGUAGCCGCACGAUGUUGGGGGCUUGCAGCAUCCGGACUGCAAGUU